AUGCCCUUAUUUAUCGCUCAUACUAAGAUUAAUCUUGUCGCGUUCAAGUCUACUGCAGCCUUCCCCCUCAAGUCUAUCCUGAAACCUACAGUCCCCGUGUCUCCGGUCCGCAACAUUCCCACGUUUGAGGAGACACGCAGACGGACUCCCGCUCGCGGUCCACCACACAAUGACGGCACCGGUGAAGCCCCGGAUCAGGGCAAAGAGGGCCUGUUAAUAGAUUUCGAUACCCCGGCACAACCGUCUGGCUCUGUUGGCGACGACCCGUCCAAUCCUUUCGAUAGCUUCACCGCCGCUUCAAUCCGGGAUGAGAUGGCCGCGGUGAGAGAGCGGGAAGAGAAGGAACAACGGGAGCGGGAGCGCAAGACGAUCCUUGAGCGAAGAGAGGCGCGCCGGAAAUCCAUGGCAAACCGCCGUGUAUCGUUUGCCCCCGAAGCAACAUUGCACACGUGGAAUGUUGUGGAGAUACCUGAUGACUCGACCUCUUCGUCUACUUCCAACUCAACUAGACGUGCAUCGUCCCUGGCAAACCAGACCCCUGCGCAAAAGAAUCCCCCGGAAGAUCCCCCUUCCCCGGAACUGGACGCAGAAUCAGAUAUCGGCUUUUCCCCCAUUCAGUACCCAGAUCUACAGCAGCUCCAGAACCGCUCAACGUCGUCGCAGGAAAUGUCUUCAAGCCCAUUCAGCGGGAGCUCGGCGGACGGCAGUGAAUAUACCGGAUUACAAGGUUCGCAGGAAGACAUCGAUGACGAUGACAACUCGUCCGUUUCCGGCUCUGACGGGGAAAGUACGGCGAUGAGUAUGGAUGAUAUGACCGCUCGUUCUGCAGUCACGGCUCGGUCAGAUGGGUCUGAGGCUAGCACUAGCUCUAGUGCUCGGCUGAAUGAGGCUCUACGGCAAGCGGCCCGAGAAGCAGGCACUCGUGGAAUUGAGGACGAUGACGACGGUGACAUGUCGAUGGAGAUCGCCGAUCAGGAGAUCACAGGCGCCUUCCAACCGUGGAUCAAGAAAGGAGAACGCCAAAGUUUUGAUUGGGAAGACAUUAGCGCUCGGCAUGAUCAAGAGAAUGUCCAGCCCUCAGGGUUCAUGGCCGACCAACCGGCUGAGGUUGAUGCGGAAAGCGACAACGGGAAUGAGGAUCUUAGCAUGGAAGUGACGAAUGCCAUCGGACGUAUCCUUCCAGGCCAGCAGAGCCGUCGUCAGAGCACGAGGAGUCGCAUGUCGCUUGGCGCGGAGACCGUGUACGAUGAACAAACCAUGGAAUUGACCAAUGUCGUUGGAGGUAUCGCGCAACCUAUUUCGCCAGCCAAGUCAACAGGAGCCAACAGUAACGCAGACGAAGACGAAGAGAUGACAAUGGAGUUCACGUCGGUCGUUGGUGGAGUUCUGAACAAACCGCUAACGGCUAAUGUGGCCAACGAGAACGACUAUGGUUCAGCAGAAUCUUUCACGCCAAACACCAAGGCACCAAACUUCUCUGCUUGGGAGAACGGAGACGAUGAUAUGGAUGAGGGGAUGGACAUGGAAAUGACUGGGGCUAUUGGUGGCAUACUUCCUGCAGCCCAGGAGCAAAGCGAAGCACAAGAUGAGGAUCAAACCCAGGGCAUGGAUUUCACGGCCGCCGUGGGUAAGAUAAUAUCACCCCAAGCAGAGCCUCAGGAGGCCGCCGAACCAAUGGAAGUAGAGCCACAUGUCGAACCGACUGCUGCUCGCCUGGGUAGCUCGCCCUCUCAGGAACCCGCUCGUCAGUCCCUAGCUAAAUCACCCGCAUCGUUCCAUGUCGCUGCUGUUGCUUCAGAAAACGGAAGCCCUAGCCUGGCGAGUGUGAGAUCCAGACGGACCCGACAAAGCCUAAGCCAUGCUGCUUUGAGCACACCAACCUCUCAGACAUCACAGCCAUCCCCGAAGCAACCAGCGCUACAGGUCAGCGGACUUUCACCUGCUGAUACUCCGUCUAAAUCCACUGGUAACCAGAGUACAUCGCCCGAUAAGCCACCGCAGCCGAACCCUGCAGGACCUACAAGCGGGAAGAAAUCUCCAAGGCGUAAAAGUCUUUUUGGAAAUACUGGAACUGGAGAGUCUGCUCCUCUCUUUGUCUUGCAACCUCAUGGAAAGAGGCGAUCUUCAGGUCUGGGGAUCGACAAAGAAGGCCUUGGGUCGCCUAAGGUGGCUGCUAUGCUUGACAAGCGUCGAUCGAUAGGUGAAGAGGCGCCGCAGUUCAUCCCCCAGGAGCCAUCUAAACAGGGAGUGCGCUUCGAGGAUCCCGUGAAGCUUCAGGAGGAGGUUGAAAGAGAGCGCGAAGAGGAGGAGAACCGGGAAGAUGGGCACAUUCCGCCCCCACCCCUCAAUGAUCGCGAUCCCACAGCUCACCUGAAAGACAUGAUCUCAAGUCUUACCCCGAAGAAGAACAAAAUGCGUGGGAGAAAGAGCUUGCAUGUUGGCGCCGCUCGUGGCGUCCUCGGUAAACGGCCAGUCGAGCUGGAUAUGGAUGAUGAAGAUGUUGAUAGCACACCAAAGCGUUUGAGAGGGCGUGAAAACGUGAGUCCAGUGAAGAACAUCAAGCUUCCCGCACCUCCGUCCAAGGAUGAAACGGUUGGUCGUGCAGCUCGUUCGCCUUUUAAACUUUUCAGCGGAUCUCCAUUGAAGAUGAGCACCACUCCUCUC